AUGAAAUGUACACAGAACUGACCAAUCCAUGUAAUAAGAAUGAAACUAUGUUGAAGCAAUCUGUUGAUUUGAAGAAAACCAAGAAAAUUAUUCCAGUAAAAAAGUCGAAUUCCAGCAAUGUUGACGGACCAACGCACAAUCAAACUAUUGCUUCCAAGAGAACUAAUAAAAUACAUUCAGAGUCAAAUACCAGUAUUAUUGGUGAAACAACCAAACAUAACACAAUAUAUAGAGAUAAAAAGUCUCAAUCGGAUAAUACUACUAGAACAACACCCAACGAACCUGAUGCUUCAAAGGAAGAUUAUACAUGUGUAAUGUCUGAAUCCAGUAAUGUUAGUGGAACGACGUCCAAUCAAUGCAGUUAUUUAAAGCAACAUACAGGUCAAAACACUGGUGAAAAACCUUACUCACGCGAUGAAUGUGGCCAGAGUAUCACUGAAAAUGGUAAUUUGAACAACCAUAAAGUAAUACAUACCGGUGAUAAGCCUUACUCGUGUGAUGUGUGUGGUAAGAGUUUCAAAGAAUCUUAUUAUUUGAAGAGACAUAGUAGAAUACAUACUGCUGAUAAACCAUAUACAUGCAAUGUGUGUGGUACGAGUUUCAAAGUAUCUAGUACUUUGAAGGUACACAGUAGAAUACAUACCGGUGAUAAACCAUAUAAAUGCAAUGUGUGUGGUAAAUGUUUCAUUGAAUCUGGUCGUUUGAAGACACAUAGUAGAAUACAUACCGGCGAUAAACCUUACUCAUGCAAUGUGUGUGGUAAGAGUUUCAAUCAAUCUUGUCAUUUGAAUGACCACAAAAGAAUACAUACCGGUGAUAAACCUUACCCUUGCAAUGUGUGUGGUAAAAGUUUCCGUGAAUCUGGUCGUUUGAAGAUACAUAGUAGAAUACAUACCGGUGAUAAACCUUACUCAUGCAAUGUGUGUGGUAAGAGUUUCAAUCAAUCUUGUCAUUUGAAGAUACAUAGUAGAAUACAUACUGGUGAUAAACCUUACCCGUGCAAUGUAUGUGGUAAGAGAUUCAAUGUGUCUAGUACUUUGAAGACACAUAGUAGAAUACAUACCGGUGAUAAACCAUAUAGAUGCGACAUUUGUCCGCAGAAAUUUAAACGAAAACAAUCUCUUGUUAAACAUUUACAAAAACAUAUGUAAUAAUAUCUUCCAACAUCCCAUUAAUGAUUUUAUAGAAAAAUGUCUGUUCAUGGGUUUGCCUAAGAUCAUCCAAAGAUAUUAUUUUAUAAUUUGCUAU